UUGAGUUGGUUAAAGGUGUUGCCUUUCAGUUUUCUUCUUUCUUUUUGUUUCUACGUUUUGAACUUUUGGCUCAAAUGAAUUUUGGUUCGUUUGGUUUUGUACUAAUUCUGUCACUCUUCUUCAAGCAUUUUACUUGUCAACUACCCAAUACAGAUGAGUUUUAUGUCUCCGAUUUCUUGAAGAAGAUGGGCUCGAACUCUUACUUGUCCUACAACUUCUCUGAUUCUGUCUGUUCAUGGGAAGGAGUGCACUGUGAUACCAAGAAGGAGAAUGUUAUUGGGUUAAAGGCUUCAGGUUUAGGUCUCUCUGGUUUGAUUCCUGAUACCACCAUUGGAAAGCUAACUCAGCUUCAGUCGUUGGAUCUUAGUAAUAACAAUAUCACCUCUUUGCCUUCAGAUUUGUGGGGUUUAGGCUCACUUAAGAGUCUUAAUCUCUCCUCUAAUAAGAUUUCAGGGUCUCUCCCUAACAAUAUUGGCAACUUUGGUCUGCUUGAAGUUAUUGAUCUUUCUGGCAAUAAUUUCUCUGGGGAAAUUCCGGCAGCUAUAAGCUCCCUAGUUAGUUUGCAAGUUCUUAAACUUGCUGGAAAUGGAUUUCAAUGGAGCAUUCCAACAGGAAUUCUAAGUUGUCAGUCUUUGGUUUCAUUUGAUAUCUCUUCAAAUCGUCUAAAUGGUUCCUUGCCAGUUGGUUUUGGUGCAGCAUUUCCUAAGCUCAAAGCUGUAAACCUUGCUGGAAAUGAGAUUUAUGGCCGGGACACGGAUUUUGUUGAAAUGACGUCUCUUACAAGCCUUAACAUUUCCGGGAACUUGUUUAAGGGUUCGGUUAUGGGUGUGUUUCAGGGGCAGCUAAAGGUGAUUGACCUCAGCAAGAACCAGUUUCAAGGUCCCAUUUCUCAGGUACAAUUCAAUUCUACUGACAAGUGGUCUCAUUUGGUUUAUCUAGACUUGUCUGAGAAUCAGCUUAGUGGAGAAAUUUUCCUAAAUCUGAGUCAAGCUCAGAAUCUUAGACAUCUUAAUCUUGCGUAUAAUAGAUUUGCUAGACAGAAAUUCCCAAGAAUUGAAAUGCUUUUUGGUUUAGAGUAUCUCAAUUUGUCUAAAACCGGCCUCAUUGGUCAUAUUCCUGGUGAAAUUUCACAACUGAGUAAUUUACAUACACUAGAUGUUUCAUCUAACCAUCUUACUGGCCAAAUUCCAUCACUGGCCAACAAAAGCCUCAGAAUACUUGAUGUUUCACACAACAAUUUGAGUGGAGAGGUUCCUAAAUAUCUCUUAGAAAAACUCCCACGGAUGAAGAGAUACAACUUCUCUUACAACAACUUAACCCUUUGUCCUUCAGGGUUCUCCCCUGAGACCUUCGAGACAGCCUUUUAUGGCUCAUUGAACAGCUGUCCAAUUGCCGCAAAUCCUGUCCUUUUCAAAAGAAGAACCAAUAGACAUUGGGGGUUUAAGCUUGCCUUAGCUUUAACCGUCUCCAUGGUCUGCUUGCUUUCUGGGUUGCUAUUCCUAGCCUUCGGUUGCAGAAGGAAGUCCAGGAUAUGGGUAGUUAAGCAAUCCUCAUAUAAAGAGGAACAGAAUAUUUCAGGGCCUUUUUGCUUCCAAACUGAUUCGACCACUUGGGUGGCUGAUGUUAAGCAGGCAGCAUCAGUCCCGGUAGUGAUAUUUGAGAAACCACUCUUAAAUAUCACAUUUGCAGACCUCUUGUCUGCAACUUCAAAUUUUGAUCGAGGCACACUAUUAGCAGAAGGAAAAUUUGGGCCUGUUUAUAGAGGGUUUCUGCCUGGUGGAAUUCAUGUAGCUGUUAAAGUUUUGGUUCAUGGAUCAACAUUGACAGAACAAGAAGCUGCAAGAAAGCUUGAGUAUCUUGGUCGAAUCAAACACCCCAAUCUUGUUCCAUUAACUGGAUAUUGCUUGGCUGGGGAUCAAAGGAUUGCUAUCUAUGAUUACAUGGAGAAGGGGAAUUUGCAGAAUUUGCUGCAUGACUUGCCACUUGGUGUUCAGGCAACGGAGGACUGGAGCACUGAUACCUGGGAAGAAGAGAACAAUGGGAUACAAAAUUUUGGCUCUGAAGGGUUAUUAACAACCUGGGAAAUUCGACACAGAAUAGCCCUUGGCACUGCUAGAGCACUGGCAUUUCUUCAUCAUGGCUGUUCACCUCCAAUAAUCCACAGAGAUGUUAAAGCUAGUAGUGUUUAUCUUGACUUAAAUUUGGAGCCUAGAUUAUCUGAUUUUGGAUUGGCCAAGAUUUUUGGAACUGGUCUAGAGGAUGAAAUUGCCCGUGGGUCACCGGGAUAUGUACUACCACCGGAAUUUUCUCAGCCCCAAUGUGAUGCCCCUACACCAAAAUCUGAUGUAUAUUGCUUCGGUGUUGUUUUGUUUGAGCUAAUCACAGGGAAAAAGUCAAUUGGAGAUGAUUAUCCAGAGGAGCAAGAAGCAAAUUUAGUGAGUUGGGUUAGAGGAUUGGUGAGAAAGAACCAAGGUUCAAAAGCUAUUGAUCCUAAAAUUCAUGAUACAGGGCCACAUUACCAAAUGCAGGAGGCCCUCAAGAUUGGUUAUCUGUGCACAGCUGAUCUUCCUACCAAGCGACCAAGCAUGCAACAGAUUGUUGGCCUUCUCAAGGAUAUUGAACCCAGAGCUCCUCAAUGAAAAACAACGAAUAUAAGUUGGCCUCUUUCUUUUUUUUUCCUUCUAAAGUUGUUAUUUUGCUACCAUGGGAGGAGAUGUACAGUAAUCAUUAAAUUAUGUCUUGGACUCCGAUAUCUUUCUCUAGAUCACUUUUCCAAUGUUGGCAUUAUCGUUUAAUUUAUAAUUUUAUACACACUAGUUUGAUCCUUAAAACUUGAAGGCAGAAUUCUCCUUUCAAGUUUUUUUUAUCCUCUUGGCAGUUGGCACUCAUUAUGCUUUAUCAUUUAUACAAAAAAAUCAAUCUGAAACCUGUGUUAUUAUUAAACAAGUGAAGUGAUGGAGUCUUGACUUGUGUUUCUUUGUCCCUCAAAUU